UAGUGAUGAAUGUCAAGCCUUCAAAUGUUCCUACAUUUCCAGAUAUUUACCAUAUUUCAGGGACUAUUUCUUUGCCAUAUGCUGAGGUUGAAGAACCAUUUGAAGCUUGGUACAACUUCCUUGGGCAAGUCAGCCGCAUUGAAUACUAUGACGGUCAGGUUAUAACCCUACAGCAUGAAUUCGAAAAGCCAGCUGGAAUUAGUUACAAAAUUUCUCCAGCAACUACAGAAACGGAGAUAAAUGUUAUCAAAUGCUUCCAACUAAAUGGGACCAUCUAUAAUCCUAUCUUUGCACAGCCGGUUAUUCCAGAUUUGAAAAGUUUUCAGUUCUUAAAGGAAGAGAAUUACAAAGGAGUUCAUUGCAGUGUAUGGCAAAAUGUCACGGUGGUGGAUAAAAAGAAGAAUACUUACACCAUGUGGGUUUCCAGUUCUACGGAAGGCCCCAUUCCUGUCCAUUAUGAAAUGAAGGGAUACAACACUUUGCUUGGCGGACACUAUGACAAAUAUGAAAUAGAUUACAAUAAAUUGAAGUAUGAUAUGGACCCAAAUGUCUUCAAACUUCCUGAAGGUUUGUCUUGUGAAAGCUUUCCUGGUCCUGCAGCAGAACACAGAAUUGUGGCCAAUCCCAUUCAGAAUUUAAUUGACACUGACCAAGGUAGUACGACGCAUGAUUUGUUCAAGUAUUACAAGAAGAAAUUUAAUAGGGACUAUGAGAAAGAUGAUAAGGAGCAUGAGAUGAGAAAAACAACAUUUACUCACAAUAUGAGGUACAUUCAUUCAAUGAAUCGGAGAAACCUGACCUUCAGAAUGGAAAUUAAUCACUUUGCUGACCAAACAAUAAGUGAGAUGUCUGCUCUGAAUGGAAGACUGAAGAGUACCACACCAAACAAUGGGCGGCCCUUCCCUACAGAACUUUACAAGUCCAUUGUGCUACCUCCCAGUUUAGACUGGAGAUUGUAUGGUGCUGUGACCCCUGUGAAAGAUCAAGCUCUGUGUGGAUCCUGUUGGAGUUUUAGUUCAACUGGGAAUAUAGAAGGAGCACUCUUUCUGAAGACAGGAAUUUUAGUCCCGCUGUCUCAACAAAUGUUACUUGAUUGUACAUGGGGUUUUGGAAAUGCUGCUUGUGAUGGAGGGGAAGAAUGGCGGGCGUUUGAAUGGAUCAUCAAACAUGGUGGAAUUGCAACUGCAGAUUCAUAUGGUUCUUACCUGGGACAGAAUGGAUACUGCCACUAUAACCAAUCUGUCUUUGCAACCAAGGUGAAGAGCUAUGUUAAUGUCACUUCAGGAAGAACAGAAGCAUUAAAAAUGGCCAUCUUUAAAAAUGGACCAGUAGCUGUUGGGAUGGAUGCUUCACACAAGUCCUUUAGAUUUUACAGCCAUGGAGUUUAUUAUGAGCCAAAGUGUAGAAAUUCACGGAUAGAUCUGGAUCAUGCUGUCCUUGCUGUUGGUUAUGGAACACUUGCUGGUGAACCAUACUGGCUCAUUAAAAAUUCUUGGUCACCAAUCUGGGGCGAUGAUGGAUAUUUUCUGAUAUCGAUGAGACACAACAACUGCGGAAUUGCUACAGAUCCAACCUAUGUUGUUCUUGAAUGAACACACAUGAAGACAACAGAAUGUUUGAUUUGUUAAUUUUCUGGGAUUACAUUUCUAAUGUAAUCACAGGUUUUAUUUCAUUGUCUUAAUUUUGUAUAUGUAUUCUGAAAAUGUUGGCAUACACACAAAGUAAACUUUUACUGAAAGUGAAUCGAUUUCACUUGAUGUAUGCUCCUCCUGCUACAGCUUUUUCUUUGAUUUUUGAUAAAAUAAUGGGACUGUUCAACAAUGUCCAGAUGCAGAUGUGUUGAAUAGUUUGUGUACCGUUGUUGAAAUAUUUGUAGCAAUGGAACAAACACAUAAGAUGUAUUAGAAAUAAAAUAUUGAUGGGUUUUUUAAUUAAAUAAAUAUUUGUGGAAUUAACAAUUA